AUUUAGAAAAUCCAAAAUGUCCGCCAAAGGAAAGAGUGGUCUUGACAAAAAUAAUAAAUACGAUCGACAGCUAAGAUUGUGGGGUGACCAUGGACAAACAUCGCUGGAACAAGCUCGAGUGUGUCUAAUAAAUGCUACAGCAACUGGGACUGAAAUUCUGAAAAAUCUCAUUCUGCCAGGAGUUGGUUCAUUUACUAUUGUGGAUGGAAAUAAAAUCAAAGGAGAAGAUGUGGGAAAUAAUUUCUUUUUAUCACAAGAGAAUAUUGGAGAGUCAAGAGCAAAGACUGCCAUGGAGCUCCUGAAUGAACUGAAUGAUGAUGUCAAUGGAUGCUAUGAAGAUGAGAAUCCGGAGACUCUGCUCGAAAACAACCCAGAAUUCUUCAAGAAAUUUACAAUUGUUGUAGCAACUGGACUAUCUGAAAGGGUACUUUUACAGUUAGCUGAUGUUUUGUGGCAACAAUCCAUUCCCCUCCUGGUUUGUCGAUCCUAUGGCUUCAUUGGGUACAUGAGACUGGUGGUAAAAGAACACACAGUGAUAGAAUCUCACCCUGACAACGCCCAUGAAGACCUGCGGUUGGACCGACCGUUCCCCGCCCUUGUUAAGUACUGUGAUAGUCUCAAUAUGGAUACAAUGAACAAAAAGGAUCAUUCACACACGCCAUGGCUAGUUAUAAUCUAUAAAUAUCUCCAACAGUGGAAAAAUGAGCAUAAUGGUUCACCACCACAAAAUUAUAAAGAGAAAAAUCAAUUAAAACAGAUGAUAAGAGAAGGUAUAAGAAAAAAUGAGGAUGGUAUUACGGAAGAUGAAGAAAACUUUGACGAAGCAAUCAAAAGUGUUAACAUGGCAUUAGUUCCAACCAGAAUACCAAGUGAAGUAGAAAAACUGUUCAAUGAUCCAUGUGCAAUUAAUCUUUCACCAGAGAGCAAGCCUUUCUGGAUUUUACUGAGAGCUGUGAAAGAAUUUGUUGAAAAUGAAGGAAAUGGUGCUUUACCUUUACGAGGAAGUAUACCAGACAUGACCGCAGAUUCAGGGAGAUACAUUCAGCUACAGAACGCUUACAUCGAACAGGCCAACAAAGACGUUGCUGUCAUAACAGACAAAGUCAAUAUGUUAAUCAACAGUCUAGCAAAGGAGGUUAAGCUGAGCGAGAUUGGGCCCGAGUUGACCAAUGGUGUAUCAAUAUCAGAUCAGGAAAUCAAAUUAUUUUGUAAAAAUUCUGCCUUUGUUCGAAUUUUGAGGUGUACAAGUCUAGCGGAAGAAUACAAUAGUCAAACGAUCAACACCCAGGAUAUAGGUUCACACCUGGAGGAUGAGGAUGGGGAUAGUGAGAUGAUAUUCUACGUGUUACUGCGAGGCGUGGACAGAUUUUACGAGGAAUACAACAGAUAUCCAGGGGGAGAUAAUGACCAGGUGGAGCCGGAUGUUCAGUUGCUCAAGGGCAUUAUAUCCAAAUUAAUCCAUGAAUGGGGAUUAACAUCCAAUGUGAAGGAAGACUACAUCCAUGAAAUAUGUCGCUAUGGAGCGUCAGAACUUCACACCAUUGCGUCCAUCAUGGGCGGAUGUGCAGCUCAGGAAGUGAUCAAAGUAAUCACAGGACAGUUCGUUCCAAUAGACAAUACGUUCAUCUACAAUGCCGUCAAGCAGACUUCUUUUGCCGUUAAGUUAUAACAGCUGGAGCUCUUUAGUUGUUGUAUGUUUUGUUAUUAAUGCUAUUCAAUGUGUUUAUUUACAUGUAUAAACUGCCUCAAUUUACCUCAGAAUGAGACGGAUGCUGCAAUGCAGUUUAAUAACAUUAGUUUAUAAUAAUUUUCUGUGCAAAGCCAAAGCUUUUUCUUUUCUUAAACUUUAAGGAUAAAAAUUUUUAUUAGGUUAUUGGAAAUACUUACAAUUGUAAACAUGUCUAAGGAAUAAAAAAAAAAAACGAAAUAAAAAUGAUGGUCACAUAUUGUGGCACAAUAAAG